GGCCGCCUGGAAUGAAGAUGGUGGCAAGUGUCCGGGUGCAGAAGCUGGUCCGCCGGUACAAACUGGCGAUCGCCACGGCGCUGGCCAUCCUGCUCAUCCAAGGCCUGGUGGUGUGGAGCUUCAGCAGCCUGGAGGAGGACGACCAGGGAGAGCAGGGACGGCAGAAGAAGGCCCAGAUACUUGGAAACGGGGAAGGAUCAAAGGAUUCAGACAGCUCGGCAGGCCAUCGGGGAAGCUUGAGCCGAAAGCAUGGACGGUGGAAGAGUCACCCAGACAAUCCGGGUGUUCUGAUGGCCAAGGUAGUGAGAGCCGUCACAGUGAAGCACAAACCUGGACGCAGAAUGCCAGUCUACCUGGAUUCCUCAAGCAGGAGGAACCUGACAGAGCUCAGAGGGGAUGCCCAGCUGGCAGUGUUCCAGCACGGGGACACAGGCAGUGUGGAAGGGGCACCACAGCCCACUGAGAACAACUUCACUCCCAAGUGUGAGAUCACAGGGAAAGAUGCGCUGUCUGCAUUAGCCAGAGCCAGCAGUAAGCAGUGUCAGCAAGAGAUCGCCAAUGUGGUGUGCCUACAUCAAGCAGGGAACCUAAUGCCACGCUCUCUGCCCCGGCAGUGCCAACUCUCAGGGAAAGUCAGCCCGGUGAUCCAGUGGGAUGACAGCAGGAUGCUCCAAGUCUCAGUGAGCAAGCCAGUCCGGAUUGUGUACAUGUUGGUGGUUCAUGGACGAGCCAUCCGCCAGCUGAAGCGCCUCAUCAAGGCCGUGUAUCAUCAGCAACAUUUCUUCUACAUCCAUGUUGACAAGCGCUCUACUUAUCUACACCGUGAAGUAUUGGGGGUGGCCCAGCAUUAUUCCAACAUCCGGGUCACUCCCUGGAAUAUGGUCACUAUCUGGGGCGGGGCCAGCCUGCUGAAGAUGUACCUGCGUAGCAUGAAGGAUCUGCUAGAGAUGACGGACUGGCCCUGGGACUACUUCAUCAACCUGAGUGCCACAGACUACCCUACAAGGACCAAUGAGGAGCUGGUGAUGUUCCUGUCAAAAUAUAGAGACAAGAACUUCCUGAAGUCUCAUGGCCGAGAUAAUGCCAGGUUCAUCAAGAAGCAGGGUCUAGACCGACUUUUCCAUGAAUGCGACUCUCAUAUGUGGCGGCUGGGCGAACGACAGAUUCCUGAGGGCAUUGUGGUGGACGGUGGCUCUGAUUGGUUUGCCCUCACUCGCAGCUUUGUGGAAUAUGUGGUCUACACCACUGACAAACUGGUCUCCCAGCUACAGCAGUUCUACACAUAUACACUUCUCCCAGCAGAGUCUUUUUUCCAUACCGUCCUGGAGAACAGCCACGCCUGCGAUACCCUGGUAGACAAUAACCUCCGGGUGACAAACUGGAACCGCAAGCUGGGCUGCAAGUGCCAGUACAAGCACAUUGUGGACUGGUGCGGCUGCUCGCCAAAUGACUUCAAGCCGCAGGACUUCUUGCGACUGCAGCAACUCUCCAGACCCACCUUCUUUGCCAGGAAGUUUGAAUCAACCAUUAAUCAGGAGGUGCUGGAGAUCUUGGACUCCCAUCUCUAUGGUAACUACCCACCUAACAUGCCAGCCCUCAAGGCCUAUUGGGAGAGUGUCUAUGACUUCGUGGAUGGGCUGAGUGGGCUCAGCGACGUCACCUUGACUGUGUACACAUCCUUCUCCAGGCUGGGGCUGCAGAAAGUGACAUCUGCACAGGCACAGAAAGAUGAGAGGCUUUGCAGAUUUGAGCCACAGGGCUUCCCAUCCAGUGUGCAUCUGUAUUUCUAUGAUGACCAUUUCCAGGGUUACUUGGUGACUCAGGAAGUGAAGAACACUGUAACACAGCAGACGGACUCUCUAGAAAUGUGGAUGAUGCCCCGAGGGACUCUCAAACUAGCCAGUCGUGGGAGACAAACUAACCGUCUGCAAAAUCUGGAGGUGGGGACUGAGUGGGAUCCCAAGGAGAGGAUCUUCCGCAACUUUGGUGGUCUGAUUGGGCCUUUUGAUGAGCCAGUGGCUAUGCAGAAAUGGUCACGGGGCCCCAACCUCACAGCCACGGUUGUCUGGAUUGAUCCCACCUACAUCAUUGCCACAUCCUAUGACAUCACUGUUGACGCAGAGGCAGAGUUCACACAGUACAAGCCACCCCUGAACCGGCCUCUUCGCCCUGGUGUGUGGACCAUCCGUCUCCUCCAGUUCUGGGAACCCCUGGGAGAGAGCCAGUUCUUGGUGGUCCCACAGACCUUCAAUCGCAAGCAGCCUCUCAGGAAAGAUGACAGCAAAUGGCUGCACUCCGGUCCUCCCCGCAACGAGUACAUGGAGCAGAAUUUCCAGGGCCUGGCUGGGAUCUUGAGCCUGCCACGUUUGGAUGAAACAGAGCGGGCCAACCAUCAGCACACGCAGCUGGUGGGCAAGGCUCUAGAGAACUGGACAGACAGCAGCAUCGGUGGCUUCUGGCUGGUGGCCGGCCUGUGUGUGGCAAGCCCUUCCAGUUGCUCCACCCUGGAGCUGUGUAGCAAAACCUCGUGGAGUUCGCUGUCCCCAGACCCCAAGUCAGAACUGGGGGCCAUCAAGCCUGAUGGGCGACUGAGGUAGCAGGGGCAGCCAGCAGCACAUUGUCGGGAGCAAGGAAGCAUCCACACAUCAGGCGGGCAUACGUUCCCCUGCACACACAGACACACACAGGGAAAACUCUAGACUACAUCGUCCUGUGGUAAUGCACUAGGGCAAAUGCAAGAGAGGAUUCCCAAAGCAGACAGCUAUCGCGAUGGUCUGCGGUGCGGAUGAUGUAAAGAUGGAGGUCCCACUCACCGUUCUCAGGAUUGGCCAGAGAGAACAUGUGGAUGGGAGAAGCUGACCUGUUCAUGAAUCCAAGCAAUGGAAACUGAUCUGGCAGGUGAGCUGCCGGCUUCUUGGCUCCAACGGGCUCUUCCCAACCAAGGAUAAUGUUCUACAAGAUCAGGACUUCUUGUUCCCAAAUGGUUGCUGGCAAAGGAUUCUGGGAAAUGGGGGAGGGUAGGCUGGGAAUGCAGGCAGCUAGGCUGUCACUGUGUCUGUGUCCUCUGAGCAGCUGGUGCUGGCUUGACGCUCAUUUUCCAUCUUCCCACCCCAUCCUUUUAGUUCCUAUUUUUUUAAGAAUAAAUGUUAUGUGUAUUGUAUAAAGCAAAGUGCAAUAGAAACCACAGUCAUUUCCCCCCCUCCAAAGGGAGGAUCUCAGCGUCUCCAUUUUCUUUUUAUACUGUAACGUAUCUUCUUGUCUUUGAUUAUUCUGUCGGCAUGCAAAGAGGGUGGAAUGCUUGGAUUUCUCCUAAUGGUGCUCACUCCUUGGCUCUUGCUACGGAUAACUUGAGAGAGGGGGCUCUCUCCUUUUGUCCAGUGCAGAACCACCCCUCAAACACACACACUUUACUUAGAAGUCAGGAGGGAGCCAGGCCUCUCUUGGCUGCUGCGCCAAGGCUCCCCGUUAACAGAGCUGCCAAUUUGUGCCAAACUUCUGUAUCUGUUCAAGCCCCUUCAGCAGUGUCUCAGAACCCACCCGGUUCUCCCUCCUUUUGUUAGCCUGAAACCGGGUUGGUACUGUAUUUGGUGGCCUCUCACAGAGCCAUUUUGUGGCUACGUACUAAACUCCUCCCCUUGCUUUCAGGAUGAAUUGUCUUUCCAUUGGGCUGCCACAGUCUCUCUGCCCCUGCUACGGCUGCCACAGUAGACAGUCAGCCCUGACUCCCCCAUCCCCCACUUCCCCUCAGGCUGCUGGAUGGGUUUUGGUUUUCAUGUUAACAUUGUUAAAUAAGUCAUAAUUUGUGUGUCUUCCUCCCCACCCCAUACACCAGCUCUCUAAAGGUGACUGCCUUCCAGGCAAAAACAGUGUUUUCAUUUGCUGGGAUUGUCCCUGUUCUGUAUUUAAUGUUGUCCAAUGUAUGAUCCUUCAUAUGCAUCCCAGUUGCUGAGUGAACCACCCGCAGUUGAACUGGGGACAGCAGUGCCAGGAAAGGGGGGGGGGCUUUGUCUUUUUCCUAACAGUGGUUAUAAAACAAAAGUGUUAAGAUAAAAGGGACUCCCCUGGGGCAGCCUUUCCCCCCAAUUUGUGCCAUAUCAAAUUUCAGUGCAAACACCUAGAUGACGACUUCACAUGGGGAUGAACUGUUGCUGCCGCCUCUUCAAAGGAGCGUAGAAGGUGGCUCUUUGUUUCCAGUUGAGCUAGGCCUGAGGUUCAGAGUUCUGAUGCAGACCUGGCAAGAUUUUAAAGAAUGUUUGGAUCUCAGGGCUUGGACUGACCCUCUCAGGAGAGGGGUUGCCUGCAUUUCCUCAAACCAUGAGUGUUUUCUAGGUCAGAUGUGCAGAUCAUAAACAAUAUCUGGCCGUUGCUUUAAGAUGGCUUGGGUGGUGCUAACAUUUUUUUAAGGGAAUGGAUGAUCUUUUGGAAUGCAGUUUGCCAGACCCAUAACUCCUAUGUGGAAAAAACUGAUUGAUUUGUUCUUUGGGGUGAGAUCUGCAUAGGACCGGUACCCCUUGCCACCAGAUACCACCCUCUGUUUUCAAUAAUGGCGAUUAGCCCCUGCUUCUAGAAAGUGGACUCAUGAAAUGUGUUCUGUGUUCUGAGCUGGGGGGAGGGGAGGGGAGGACUAGGCAGGGCAAAAAACCUGUUCCAAAGAAUGAAUGCUGAAAGCUUUGUGUCAGAAGCAUUAUGUAAAGUUGUCUGAAAUAUGCAACGCAAAUACAUCUAUAUCUCUACAGUGUGAAUAGUGUGAAUUCUUGAAGCCAGUUUUUCUUUCAGUGUGCUCAAGA